AUGGCUUACUACUCAUCCACCCGUUCUUCUCCCACUACUUCUCCGACUCCAUUCAUGUCGUUUUUCUAUCUUUGCCUUAUCAUCUUAUUCCUCAGUACUUCCUCUGCGUUUGGUAGUGGAUUAGGGGUCUCUUCCUCUCAGUCGUCAUCAAGUGAAACAGAGGCUCUACUCAAAUGGAAAGCCACUCUCCAAAACUACUCUGUCCCUGCUCUCCGAUCUUGGAAGCUUACAUCAUCAUCCUCAGCACCAAUCCCCUGCUGCAACUGGUUUGGUAUAACUUGUAACAAAGCCCGAACCAGCGUGGUUGAGAUUAGCCUUCCAGGACUGGAGCUGCAAGGUACGCUUCACAACUUCACCUUCUCUUCUUUUCCCAAUCUCCUUCGUCUCAAUCUCAGUGCCAAUGGACUCACAGGACCCAUACCAGUGCAUAUUGGUAGCCUCUCCAAACUCAUCCUCCUUGAUCUCUCCAAUAAUUAUCUUUCCAGCGUUCUGCCCCCCUUAAGUAAUUUAAGCAGCUUACACUUCUUAGACCUCUAUGGCAAUGAAAUCAGUGGCACAAUUCCUUUAGAAAUAGGGAAUAUGAAAAAUCUGGUUGAGUUGGCAAUAGGUUCGAAUAAAUUCACUGGUAUGAUCCCCCAUGUCCUGGCUAAUUUAAGCAACCUUCACUUUCUAUACUUGCAUACCAAUGAACUCAGUGGUCCAAUACCUUAUGCAAUGGGAAAUCUAGAAAAUUUGGUUGUGUUGGACCUAUCUGCAAACAAACUCAGUGGUCGAAUCCCUCAUUCUCUGUCUAAUUUAAGUAGACUAGAGACCCUCUCUUUGUUUUCGAAUCAAUUAUCUGGUCCAAUGCCUUCUGAAAUCGGAGAUAUGAAAAAUCUGGUUCAGUUGGCACUAUAUCACAACAACCUCAAUGGUCCCAUCCCUCAUUUUCUGUCUAAUUUAACUAGACUAGAGACCCUCUAUUUGCAUGGCAAUCAAUUAUCUGGUCCAAUGCCUUCUGAAAUUGGAGAUAUGAAAAAUCUGGUUGUCUUGGCAUUACAACAAAACAACCUCAGUGGUCCAAUCCCUUAUUCUCUGGCUAAUUUAACUAGACUGAAGAGCCUCCAUUUGUACGACAAUCAAUUAUCUGGUCCUGUGCCUUCUGAAAUUGGAGAUAUGAAAAAUCUGAUUGACUUGGAGCUAUCUUUCAACAACCUCAAUGGUCCAAUCCCUCAUUCUCUGUCUAAUUUAACUAGACUAGAGUUCCUCUAUUUGAGUUCGAAUCAAUUAUCUGGUGCAAUACCUCAAGACUUUGGUAGCCAAGCAUCUAUUGUAAAAUUUGCAUUGUUCGACAACAUCUUAUCUGGAAGCUUACCGCAACAAAUAUGCCAUGAGCGAUCACUUCAACAAUUUUUAGUUUCUAACAAUAAUCUCAUGGGUCCUAUUCCUGACUUUAGAAAUUGCACAAGUUUAAUGAGAGUUCGACUCGACAACAACCGAUUAGUAGGAAAUAUAACUGACAAUUUUGGUGUACAUCCACAUCUUCAUUACAUUGAUAUAAGUCACAACAGACUAUACGGAGAAUUGUCACCAAAGUGGGGAAAAUGUAAGAAUUUGUCCGUUCUGAAGAUUUCUGGAAAUAAUAUUAGUGGGAAGAUACCACUUGAGGUUGGUCAGUUAACUCAACUUGGAGAACUUGAUCUUUCUUCCAACCAACUUGCUGGAGAAAUACCAAGGGAACUUGGUAACUUAUCUACAUUGCUCCUUUUGUAUUUAAAUGACAACCAGAUUUCAGGGCGUGUACCAGUUGAAAUCGGCAAGUUAAUCAAUUUGGACCAUCUAGAUCUAUCGGCAAAUUGCUUGAUUGGAUCAAUCCCGACACAACUUGGUCAAUGCUCCAAAUUGUUGUCAUUAAAUUUGAGCUAUAAUUCAUUGAAUGGAAGCAUUCCAUCUCAAAUUGGUGAUCUUGUAUCCCUACAAGUUCAAUUGGACCUUAGUCAUAACUCAAUUAGUGGAUCGAUACCACCUGAGCUUGGGAAUUUGAUGAUGCUGGAAAUUUUGAACUAUCCCAUAAUAUGA